UAUCUGUCUAUCCCUCUCUUCCAUCUCUUCUCUCUCUCUUUCUCUCCUCUCUUCACGUUUCCUGUCAGGUCUCUUCUUCGUCGAAUCCGAAGAAGAGAGAUCGACGAUGGCCAUCGCCAACGGCACCGCCGAGGGCUUCGUGGUGAGCUUCGGCGAGAUGAUCAUCGACUUCGUGCCGACGGUGGCUGGCGUGUCGCUGGCCGAGGCCCCGGGGUUCGUGAAGGCCCCCGGCGGCGCCCCGGCCAACGCCGCGAUCGCGGUGGCCAGGCUUGGCGGCCAUGUGGCCUUCAUCGGGAAGCUCGGCGCCGACGAGUUCGGGUUCAUGCUGGCCGCGAUCCUCAAGGAUAAUGGGGUCAAUGAUAAGGGCGUGGUCUUCGACGACACCGCGAGGACGGGUCUCUCCUUUGUGACGCUUCGGAACGACGGCGAGCGUGACUUCAUGUUCUACCGCAAUCCAAGCGCCGACAUGCUGCUUAGAGAAUCCGAGCUCAAUCUAGAUCUCGUUAGAAGGGCUACAAUUUUUCACUAUGGAUCGAUAAGCCUGAUUGAAGAGCCUUGCCGGUCGACUCAGUUGGCGGCGAUGGAGAUAGCAAAGAAGGCAGGGGCAUUGCUCUCUUUCGACCCAAAUCUCCGUCUACGACUCUGGGAAUCCCCAAAGGAUGCACAGGCUCUUAUCAUGAGGAUUUGGAAGCAAUCCAACAUCAUUAAGGUCAGUGAUGCCGAGGUUGAGUUCCUGACCAACAAGGACGCAGUCGAAGAUGAUGCUGUUAUGAGCCUGUGGCACCCGGAAUUGAAGCUUUUGCUGGUGACUCUUGGGGGGAAGGGAUGCAAAUACUACACCAAGGACUUUCGAGGGACUGUCAAAGGGAUUGCUGUGAAGCCAGUCGAUACGACGGGGGCCGGCGAUGCAUUCGUCGGUGCAAUGCUUAGAAAGAUCGCUGAUGACCAAUCUACACUGCAAGAUGAGAAGAAACUGACGGAAGUGCUGAGAUUUGCCAAUGCCUGUGGAGCUAUAACGACAACCAAGAGAGGAGCGAUUCCUGCUUUGCCCAAGGAAGCUGAAGUCCUGGAGUUGCUGGAGAGAGAUUAGAACUCUUGAAGAUUUCCUUUUUGUUGUCCAUGUCUCUUUGUUAAGCUUGCUGCAGUCUACCUAGUAGUUCACAAAGGCCAUCCCCUGUCGUUGUUCCCUUCCUUUGUUCUCCUUGUACUCCUCUCUGUGGAAGAAUAUAUGUGUGUUCUAUCAGUUUGCUUGGCAGUAAAAUUCAAGUUGAUCUUUGCAUUGUCGCA